AUGACGCAGUCCAGCUACCGAGUGCGAGAGCCUGGAGAUGCGGGGGAUAAGCUCACAACGGUGAGAAAAACGGUGUGUGAGGUGCAGACACCGGGGACGGCUCUGGUGGAUGUGGAUACGGAGAAGGCUCUCGAAGCACUGGCGGCGUCACAAAUCAAACCCACACCGUACUGGCAAGUGCCUGUGGACGAAGGCGCACGGCCCAUUAUGAUAGGAGAUCAGUAUAUGACUCACUUCACCCUGUCGAGCAAACGCCAGCCAAGGCUUACGUUCCUGGAUUGGUACAUUGAUUUGCGCCGUAUGCUGAUGAUCGGCAAGGAGGCUAAGGAGAGUGACUGGGCUGCGUUGGCGAAUGAAGAGUUCCAGCAUGGUGUCUACACCUGUCAGGUAGGACCCCUAUGUUUAUAA